UAGGUCGGGUCGCGCCUACUAACGCAAGCCCGUGACGCAAAUUGGGGCAUUGAGUGAGGGAAUGUGUGCUCAGCCUGUUGGGUUGGGCCAGAUCUGGCAAUUCUAUGGCCUCAAGGCUUCAAGGCUUCAGUAAGCCAUGCAACUUCAGCAAAGGCUGCGGGUUGUGUCGCGUGGCUCUUAGAGUGGAGCCAGAGGGCACGCGUGAGGCUGGUUUCACAGUGCAGCGAAACCUCCAGCUCUUGGCAUUUGAAAAAAUAGCGGGACGGUGCCACUUAGUCCCACCUUGCCCCAGCGGGCAAGAAUCUCACUUUGGUGUAUCUCCUCAUAUGAGAUCUUGGCAGGAGUCAAAUUUGGUGAAUCUGGUUCACAUCAAUUCCCGAUCAGUUAGACAAUUGGCGAAGGAAAGGGAUGCUGUUGGUAAGGCUAGCUAUGGUCGACGUGGGAAGCCUGAUUUUCAAGCCAACAAAAGGGCUCUGGUUCCCUUAAUGAGUUUCGACAACAUGGGUUUGAAGAGGAUCGACAAAGAUGGGAACAUGAUCGGGAGUAUACGAAGGCAACUUAGGGGAAUACAAAGGCAACUUGGGGGCCUUGUGCUUGUUAGGAGAAGGCCUAUACCUCUCUUGGUUGUUCUUCUUUAAGAACAAGUAGGGCGGCAACUUGUGGGUUGUGGAUUGUUUGUUGCUAGAAUCUCUUGCUCUCCUUAAGAAGUUGGUUAAAUAGUUGAGGAUGUCCAAUAGUUCUAAUGCUUACAGUGACUCCCCUUUUCACAUUAGUAGCCCUAUUUAGUCUAUACAACAAUUGUAACUUCAAUAUCUAGUUGUAAAUGGCUUUUUUUGCUUAAUUGUCUAUAUCCGCAAUGUGUAUAGUUUAAGUUUGUUACUAGUGUUGUAGGUUAUGCUUAUAACUUUGUCUUUAGGUUAUUCUAAUUUUGGCUAUAUGCCAUGAGAUUGAGAUUUUAUUGUAAUUUUUUAGUAUUUAAUAUAUUUAUCUAUUUCCC